AAAGAUAAAAAGGAAAAUGCAAGAAUAAUUAAAGGAUUACCAAAAUCAACGUAUUAUCAUAAGUUCGGUGCUUCCGGUAUGCUUGCAAACGCCGCCAAGGAGACCUAUCAAAUUACUGACUUUUUUAGGAUUGCAAGCGAGUUGUCCAGAAGGUUUUCAAUACCUUCCACGUUUUCUAUGUUUCCUAUAACUUCUUGGGCAA